AUGAAACCGACGGAUCGGAUUCCGGCAAAGGCCUGUAAUUCCGCUGGGGUUUGUCUGAUGAGAAACGCAUGGAGAGACGAACAGCAUCCAUCUUUCAUAAACUUCAUCUCCAAUUUCCUCGCUGCAAAUUCUUUCCGGCUUAACUUUGCCUCAAUUCCAGCAGACUUCAUUUUCAACUGUGGAGGUUCAUCAGUGGCAUUCAUCUUUGUCACAAGCUUGGAUUCAACUAAUGUCUCCGAAAUCUUCGCCAGAACUCAAUUACUGAAGCAGCAAUUUGCACAUCUCUAUGUUAUCUGUACCCUCCCAACCAAGGAGCAAAAUGACUUGUUUGUUCGUUCUUACUUCAAUUCCGGAUUGGAGCUUGGUAAGCCGGCAUUUGUUCCGGUUAAAGACUUAGAGAUGGGUUUUGAGAAGAUGCUAAGGAUAGCUUAUGCUCGAGGAGUAUGCAAGCGAGAGGAUGUCACCACAAAAUUGAAGGCACAGAGAGAGCAAUAUGUGCAAACAGCAGGUGUAUUUCAAAGAGUGGUCACAUCUAUACCAGGAAUUGAUAAUCAUGAUGCAAAUGCGCUUAACCAAGCAGUAGGAUCAAUUGAAGCAAUUGCUAAGGAAUCGAAGGAGCAUAUUCUGGAAAACACAGACCUUUCAGCUGACAAGGCAGAAGUGCUUUCAAGGUUUUUCAGGGAUCCAAAGUUUUACCUCAGUCCCAAGAUCAAUUGA